AUGGCGCCGCCCCUCGUCAGCGCGCGCCUCUGGGAGUCGCUCGCCCUGGUCACCGCGCGCGCCCUAGCCCCAGCCCUCGUGCCCGCACGCGCGCGCAAUCGUGUCAACUAUUUCAUCUCCUUAAACUGGAUGGAACCAUAUGGAACACAAAUGCAGGGAGUACUUUGGAUACAGAAAAAAGAUAAAAAGAUGAAAGUAAUGAUAGAGAAGAUGAAGUUUCACAUGUUAAAUCAAGUGCCACCCAUUCAAGCAAUGGUCCACACAGGGUCCUACCACAUGUUAAUUGCCUACUGUGGUGACAUGCGGCUGCAGCUCUUUGGAGAUCACCGUCGAGCAUUCACAUCUCUGGGUACAGUGCCCUGUCAUUUCUCCAUCAGCUGCCUCUGCUAUGACUCAAAAGCCGACAUGCUGCUAUCUGGUACCUUGGGGGCUGUGGUUACCUGGUUUAUCUUACCAAAGGGCAGGGACCUCCAGGUGGCUCAAACAGUGCCUAUGGCUGGUCAUGAGCUUGUACAGGGCUUUUCCCUGAAUGGCCCACAGGGCUCCCUGCUGGUUCUGUGUGAGAAUACAGUGAGGGUCUUCACCCACCAGGGUCAGGGCAAGCUGGAAGAAGUAAAGAAGUUCACUCCCAUAGCCAGUGGCUCUUCCAUCACUUGCUCCUUUACUUGUGUGUCUCAGGGCAGUUUCUAUGCUGGCAACAGGGCCGGAGAGAUCCAUGCUUGGGGUUUAGAUCAAGGUAACUUCCUGCACAGCUUCCAGGCUCACUCCUCAUCUGUGAUAUGUAUCCACAGCCGGCCAGACAUCCACACCUUACUAACAGCAGGCAGUGAAGGUCUAGUGAGGGAGUGGAGUCUCACUUCUGGGAACUUGCUGCGACAGCUAUAUAUUGAGGAGGAUCUACAGAAACUGCAGUUUAUUGAUAGCACCACUUUUUUCUGCCAGACAGCCUAUACCUUCUCAUUGCACCACCUGCCCUACUUUUAUAGCCUCUUCCAUGUCUGUGGUUCUACUCCCCAGCAGGUCCAACGGGUCUACUGUGGCCGUAAUUGGACUCGGAUCCUGUGUGCCACUGAGGAUGGUUUAUUGCGCUUCCUGUCUCCAGUAACCGGGGAUCUCCUGGUUAUCACCUGGCCUCUACUUAUCAUGGAUAAGGCUGUGGCUUGGGCCUAUGAUUCAGACAGAGAAGAGCUCUUUGUGGCAACAGGCAGUUCGGAGGUGCUGGUGUUUGAUGCAACGCGUUCUCCUUGCACAGCCAAGUAUCUUGUGUGCACUUCAGCAAACCCCACAGAUACAGUAAGAUGCCUGGCCUAUGCGAAGUCCCAUUUGUAUAUAGGCCUAGAAGGAUUGAUGUUCUGUGGGCAUGACAGUGGCAUUGUGAGAAUCCUCUCCCCCUAUAGUUGUGCCCGAACAGAGAAGACUGUUCACUCUGGGACAGUAUUGGCAUUGUCUACCCUGGAAGGUCCCCAGGAAAACUCCUUGCUCUGUUCCUAUGGCACGGAUAACAUUGUACACCUGACAGAGGCUGUGCUUCAAGGCAACAAGGUAGUCCUACAACCUCUCAGCAAAAUUCUCUGCAGAUGUCCUCUAAAACAUGUGAUACUCUUGCCAGGUUCCAUAGGCGCCAUCGCUGAGAACGACUGCUGGUGUCUCUGGCACUAUGAAGACUUUCUGACAUCUUCAGAAUCAAAACAAAGCUCUAUGUUUAGAGAGACAAAACGCCUGCAUGAGUGUGCUAUUGCAUCAUUUGAUGUCUGCCUUUCCCUGAAACUUUUUGUCACAGGGGGUGUUGAUGGUUCAGUACGGAUCUGGGACUUCCAUGGCAGACUUGUAACUGAGUUGGACUCAGCAUUGCAUUUUGGCCCACUCUGCUUUGCCAAUAAUCGGGGCGACCUACUGUUGACUUUCAACCAGAGUAUCUACAUGGUGUCCUGCUUAGAAUUGCUCCCUCCAGUUGAGCUGAUUCAGCUACGUGUCCUAAACAAUACAGAUGAAAUACCAGAAGUUCCUAAACCCUUCCUGCCUAGCUUCUUCUUUAUGUUUGAAAUAGUGUUUGUACCCAAAUUUGUCUACCUUGGACAAGGGCUGCAAGAAUUAGCGGGGCUGGAGACCCUUGUUAACAAACGGGUCAUUGCCUUUGAUAAUACUGUGCCCCAUGUUGUAGAGGAAGGGAGACAUAUGUCCCCCGUGACUCAAGAGAGAACCAAAUUGCAAUUUUUGGAGGAUAAGGAUAUUGAUUUGUCUACUCUUGACUCUAAGCAUGAUCGUCCCCCACACGUGGUUCCUGCUCAGUUAAGGCUGGCUGGCUGGGAUGGAUUAAAUGCCUACUGUAUAUUACGGGGUUUCUUUGGUCAAGGGCAACAAUGGCCCUUGGCUCCUGAUGGCUACAUCCCCAACUCAGUGAUCCGCACCCGCCUUUGGCCCAACAGUACCCCAAUCUUCCUAAACUGUGAUUUGUAUACACCCUACCAAGAUAAGGACUGGGGUAUGAUUGAACUCUCAAGAUCCCAGGCACUGUUCCCUAUGGCUCUAGUGGAAGAGAAAAUCUCAGUGAGUAAAUGGAGGGAUAAACUCAAGAAGCAGAAAAGAACUUCCUUUAGUAUUAUUGAAAGCAUGACAAACCAAAAUUGGAUGGGAAGAAAAUUUAGUGAAAGCCUUAUGAAUCAUUUAAUAGAGGCCAUCCUCAACCUCACAAUUUACUGCUCUGUAGAGGAAUACAAGAAAUAUUUUAGUGUCCUGGCACAAAUUUUUGCCUCUUACCAAAUAUCUCCAGGGUUGCGCUCUGAGACUGCCCGUCGCCUCCUGGACGAUAGAACCCAUUCCAAUCCAUGUAUCCGUGAGCUAGCCUGGGAGAUGCUGGACAGGCUAGGCCUCAUGAGCCAUCAUUUUGCUAUUCCACUGGCUAUGGGAUUGAUGGACAGUGAUAAGAAUGUGCGGAUUAAAGAGAAUCUGACAGUUGCCAGGAAGCACAGAAAGACAAAAUUGGGAAACUCUGGUUCUGUGUCAGUGCCUUCAGAGGAUGCAGGUGAACAAAGAGAGGCCAGGAAAUCAGGGCAAUUUCAAACUCAGGAUGUUGCCUUAGAGCCAGAGCUACCACUAAGCACUUUCAGUCCAGUCAAAUCCCAGGAUGAUGCUGAAACAAAGGAGGUCAUGCUGGAAGCUAUAGAAGCCAUGGAGGUCCCAGAAGCCCUGGGGGCCACAGAGGCCAUGGAGGUCCCAAAAGCCCUGGGGGCCUCAGAGGACAUGGAAGCCAUAGAUCAACGUAGCACAAAAGAUUAUGGAGAGGUGAUCCCUAAGGUGGAAAGAUACAAACACAUAAAAAGUGUUUGGAAAAAGGCAUUGAAAACAAGCCGUAGAAGAGCAGAUGUGCAGAGGAAAGAGAAACAAGAUUUGAAGGAUAUUUCAGAGGCAACUACAGAAGAGUCCAAGGAAAAAGUCAGACACGUUUCUGAGAAAGAAGAAGAUACAGAGAAGAAACUGGGUAAGAGGAGCCGUGGUUUGGCUGGGACCCCUGGACGCGCAGCAGAAACCAGGUCUUGGAGGGAUGACAUUUGCUGUCUUGUCACCUCAAGGACAGCAAGUUCCCAUCCAGGAAUGUUAAGGGAUCUGGGUAAAGAAUUAGUGGACCUUGCUCGGGUGAUGCUUGCUGACCGACAGCCCAGCUGGGAUCUCUUCCAAGAGAUACGCCCCCUUUUAAAGGAGUCAAGUUCAUUCUCAUCAGAACUAGAGAAGCAACACACCAUAAAAGGAAAAGUGGCGAAAAAGGCUGUUAAGGAGAAAGGGACAGAAGUAUCCAGAGAACAAGAGGAUAGAAAAGUGUUAAAGGAUGACGAGGAAUUUUCUGGAGAAGUCAAGAAACAGAAAGUUGCUUUCUUAGAAGAUCACCUAGUCUUAGAGAAAAGGAAAUUUAAAAAAAAUGUGACAAAACUGGCCAAGCAAGAAGUGAAGAUAGCUGAGGAAAAAAAGAAACUGACAACACAAGAGAAAAAAUUAAUGCAAAGAAAGGAGAAACUGACCAAAGAUGAUAAGAAACUGACCCAUUCAGAAGAAAAAAUGGCUUGGGAAGAAGAAAUACUUGCUUCUCCACACAAGAAAUUGACUAUUGAAGAGCAGAGGUUAGCCCUAGAAGAAAAGAGACUGACUGGAAAAGAGAGGAAACUACUAAGGAAAGGAAAGAAAUGGAUCUGGAAAAUGAGGAAGCCAACCCUGGAAAGGGGAAGGUUGGACUGGGAAAAGAUUAUGCAGGCCCAAGAAGAGGAGGAGCUGAGUGAGGAAGAGGAGGAACUGGCUGAGACAGAAGAGGAAAUGGCCUGGGAAGAGGCAGAGCAAAUCCUGGACAGAGAGAAACAAGUUGGAGAAAGGAAGAAACGGUCUCACAAACAGAAGAAACACAUCCAGGGAAAGGAGAAACAUGUUACUGAAGACGCCUGGAAACUGGGGAAAUUGGCCCACGAUCAUUUAUUUAGAGAAGAGGAAGGAUUGUCUGGGGAAGAGAGAAAACAGAUAAACAGCCCUGGGGAAAGGCAAGAAAGGCUUGGAAAAAAGACAGAAAGGUGCAGAAAGAGGAUACAGCAACUAAGAAAAAGAUACAAAAAAAAGUGGGCCGAGGAAGAAAAGAGAUGGGAUCAGAAAGAGGAGAAGUUGGCUCAAAAAGUGAAGCAAGAAGCUGAGGAAAAAAAACAACAGCCCAGAGAAAAAAUGAAACUGGUCCCAGAAGAGGAGAAAAUAAUGGAAGAAAUUGAGAAAGGAUCCCCAGAAGAAGAGAAACAGGCCAUGGAAAAAGAGAAACAAGCUAAAAAACAGAAGAAACAAAUUGGGAAAGAUGAAAAAGCAAUUGAGGAAAGAAAACAAUGGACCCGGGAAAAAGAGAAAGUAGCCCUACAAAAGGAGAAACUAGCCCCGGAAAAAAGAAUAUGGAGUGGAAAAGAUGAGAAAUGGUCCCAGAAAGAGGAGAAAGAGGUUGAGCAAAAACCACAACAGGCCUGGGAAGAAGAAUUGUCCCUAGAAGAGGAGGAACAGGCUGGUGAAAUGGAGAAACACUUGCAGGAAAAAGAGGAACAGGCCAAGGAAAUAGAGGAAAAGAGACUGACCCCAAAAGAUAGUGAACUGGCCAAGAAAGAGAGUCAUAUUGCUGAGAAAGAAAAGGCAAUAGCCAAGGAAGGAGCUGGCAUAAGUAAGAGACAGAAAAAAAUAACCCAAGAAGAGAAAGAAAUGAAAGAGGAUAAAUUGACCCAGGAAAAGAGGAAAUUGGCCUAUGACAUUAGGAUCCAGGAGAGUGAUGUUGCCAAGGGAAAAAAGAAAAUAACCAAAGAGGAAAGAAUACAGGCAGUGAGGAAACUGGAUAUGGAAAAACAGAUUAGUUCUGAAGAGAAAGAGGCUAGUUCCAGGGCAAAAAAUGUCAGAAUGAAAGAGAGUCAACUGUUUAGGAUCCCAGCUGGAGUAAUUAGAGAAGAAGAGGAGGAGGAGAGCCUGAGUGAGGAAGAGGAGGAGGAAAUAGAGAAGAUGGAGAAAAAAGAGAAGGAGAAACAGGAAAGGCACAAGGAUGUGGAGAGCCCAAGUAAGGAAAAGGAGAGCAGACUUACGGAGGCAAUGCUCUUAGAAGAGGAGAGAGUAUUGAAAGUAGAGCUCUCAAAGGAAGAAGUGCGCCUGUCCAAGCUAGUGACAGAAGGUGAGGAUCUUGCUAAAGAAAGGAAGGGUACAGUUAGAAGGGAAAUACCUUUUAAGAAAGAGAGAUUUCUUGAUGGAAAGAGAGACUCCAGACUUAUGGACAAGGUUAUGUGGCCAACAGUUAGGAAGAGCCCCUCCCAAAUGCCAUUCCAGGAGGCCCUGGGAAAAGAGGGAACGCCCUUGAAAGUCUUAGAGGAUCAUUUAGAUUUAGAAGAAAAACAGGACAGUCAACUUCUUGGAGUACACCCCAUGACAAGUUCAUUGGGAAGACAACAAAAUGUACUCUUGGAGAAAGCCAGGGAUAUGUUUUUACAAGCUAUGGAAACAGGCUUAGAGACCCAGAUCCCGGAAGGUCUCUAUAAGCCAGAGUUCCAAUCAUCUGAUAUUAUCAUGGAACCACAGAAACCUAGAUAUGGACUUAAAGAUGACUGGAGGAAGUGGUUCUUGCAGCAUCAUGAUUAUGUGAUGGAGAAAACUAAGGGCCAGGGUCCAGCCCCAGCCACUGGCCCAUCCCUUGCCUCUUCACCUGAAAUGCCAGCUAAGAGAUACCAAAAGCCAGCCUACUCAGAAGUAAGCUUCUCCGAUGAGGAUUGGAUUAACAAUGCCUUAAUAAGGCUGGAAGCAGGAGAGCACCUUUCCAGGGACAGUUUCCAUCGACUGAGCCAGCUCCUCAGAAACUUUACUUCAAAGGGAUACAUGAAAUGGAUACGUCUGACCAAUCUUAAGGUCAUUGCUAAACACCUCAGGCAGAACCUAGAGUUAAGUCACACUGAUACAUUACAAUCUUUGUUACCAGCAGCUACCGAGAGGUCUCAAACCCUGCAGGCUCUCAGGUGGCAUCUCUUAGCUGAGUCUUACAGGAAGAAGCAGGCACAACUGUUACCCACUGCUGUCAAGGAGAUAAAGCACCUUUCUUCAGUCAGAAGGGAUGUUCCUGCAUCUGUCUAUCCUUCUGUGGAUAAAAAAUCCCUGGCCUUGAUAUUCCAGAAGGACUUCCCAGCCUUGAGAAGGGGUGAGAUCCCCAAAUUUCCCAAGGCAAAGAAGAAAGCACUGCCCAUUCCUUCCCCAGUGUUACCAUCAACCACCAAGAGGAUUCAAGUCCCAAAGGCUACAGAUUGGCAUCUUUUAGGAGAACCUUACAGGAGUGUGAGAGUACAACAGUUAUCCAAUGCUCUCAAAGAGAUGGAGAUGCGACAUUUUUAUCCCAUCUCAAGAGACAUUUUCACAGAUGCCCAUGCCUCUGUGGACAAACAAACCCUAGCACUAAUGUUUCAGAAGGACCUCAGGGCUUUUAAGGGUCAGGGAAGGCUCCCCCACAUACCCAAGUUGGAGAAGAAGACACAGCCCAUUUCUAAAGUAAUGGAAGAGGUGCCUCUAUGGGAGACAUCUGUGGCACUGUACCAUGUCUUGCGGAUGCUGCAGCAGCGAUACAGAAAAGACAGCGCUGUUUGGAUGGAACAGUUCUAUCAUCUCAUGGACCUGUACCAACUUAAGUCCCCCCAAAUCCAGAGGCUUCUACUAGAGCUGCUGCAGAGAGAGAAACUCCAUCCUCAAGAGCCCAUCUACAAAAAGGACCCAAAGACCAAGGAGCUGGCACAUGGUGAGCGGCUGUUCUACCACCUGUUUUGUGGUAGUUCCCGUGCCCCUGCAGGUCCCCUCAAGUUCCAGGAUGUGGUACCCCUCCCUGGGCAGAACAGGGUGCAUGCUAUGCAACCUGUGGGCAUUGCCCAGUAUGGCUUCCUAGAACUUGCCUGGAAAAGCCUACCACAAGUCAAUCCUAAUCAUAUUGAGAAGCUACUCAGCAUCCCUACUCCUACUCCCUGA